AUGGUCAAGUUCACCUCCUUCAUUGCUGCUGCUGGACUAGCUAGCUCUACCGUCGCUCACCCGACGGCAGGCGGCCACAACGUCGAGGCACUGGCACGCCGCUCCUUUCUCUCCCACCUGGACACCCGCAGCCUCGGCAGCUGUACCGAGAAGAUGAAGAAGCGCGGCGUGUCUAGAUCGGUCCACGCCCGCCGAUCUGCCAUGUACGAGAGCCUACGCCUAGAUGCAAAAAGGAGAAAGCGUGAUGCAGCCACCGUUCUCGCCACCUCUCACUUGUAUAACGGCUCAGACAUAACGCCCUCUUCUACGACGGAAGAGGUCUUCGCUGGUACUAGCACCUGUGUUCUCGCUCCCGAGGUCACCGAAGGCCCGUACCUGGUCACCGGCGAGUACAUCCGCACGAACCUGACCGAAGAUCAGGUUGGCGUGCCCCUCUAUAUGGAUAUUCAAGUCAUCGAUAGCUCUACUUGUGAGCCCAUGACAGAUGUUGCUAUCGACUAUUGGCAUGCCAAUGCGACCGGUGUGUACUCGGGAGUCAUUGCUCCGGCUAACGGCAAUGGGGAGUCGGACCCUGACAACAUCAAUACCACUUUCCUGCGUGGCGUCCAGAUUACGGAUAACGUCGGCGCUGUCCAGUUCCAGUCUAUCGUCCCUGGUCACUAUACUGGCCGCACCAACCACAUCCACAUUAUUGCCCACACCGACUACACUAUCCUCUCAAAUGGAACCAUAACCAACGGCACCGAAGCUGCUCACGUUGGCCAGUUCUUCCUCGAUCAAGACCUGCUCAACCAGGUUGAAGCCACAUACCCGUACACUACCAACACCCAGGACUGGUCCACCAAUGCCCAGGAUGGGCUGAUCAUGGAGGAGACUGCCGUCGAUGGCAUCGACCCCAUUGCUGAGUACAUCAUGAUCGGUGAUGACAUCAGUGAUGGUGUCUUCUCCUGGAUCUCCGUCGCAAUCAACUCCACCCUCAACUACGAAGUUGGAGCCGCAUCGUAUAUCGAAGCUGAUGGUGGGCAUCAAUACAGCAAUUAG